GUUCAUCUCAACAUCUAGGUCUCGAAGCAUCUUCUGCAUGUUGCCGGCCUUCCGCUGCAGAGCUCAAUGCUUAUCCCACCGAUCUGAUCGGAUCGUGUCGUGGAUUUCUUAUAAGUUUAACCUCGCGCCCCAGCUCUCUCAGUGUUGCUUCCUGUUCAUCGUCUCUCAUUCCUCUUCUUUUUCUCUGAUAUCUUGCCGUGUGCUCGUGCCCAAUCCCUAUCAUGUCCGACAUCCGUUACACCGAGCUGAGGGAGCCCGUCGAUGUGGCUACUUAUCUCUUCACUAGGCUCAAGCAGAUCGGCAUCGACUCCGUCCACGGUCUGCCCGGCGAUUUCAAUCUAGUAGCUCUUGAUUACCUUGAAGGUUGUGGGCUUCAAUGGGUGGGCAAUUGCAACGAGCUCAACGCGGGCUAUGCUGCCGAUGGCUAUGCUCGAGUCAAAGGGAUAUCGGCCAUCAUCACCACCUUUGGGGUGGGAGAGCUAUCUCUCCUCAAUGCAACCGCGGGAAGCUUUGCCGAGUUCGUGCCUGUGGUGCAUAUUGUCGGGACACCGAGCACCAUAUCGCAGAAAAAUGGCAUGCUUCUGCAUCACACCCUGGGCAAUGGCAACUUCAACGUUUUCGCUGAAAUGGCGGGCCAUCUGGCACUGGAAGUCGCCAAAUUGACGGACCCUCGCGACAUUGCCUCACAAAUCGACCAUGCACUUCGCGAGUGCUAUCUGCUCAGCCGGCCCGUUUACUUGACACUCCCGACGGACAUGGUCAAACGGAAGGUGGAGGGUCAAAGACUCAGGACCAAACUGGACCUUAGCCCGCACAAGAACGACCCAGAAAAGGAAGACUACGUGGUCGACGUGGUCCUGAAGUAUCUGACAGCUGCCAAGAAUCCCGUUAUUCUGGUUGACAGCUGCGCCAUCCGUCACCGCGUAUUGCCCGAGACCCACGAGCUGAUUGUGAAGUCCGGUCUUCCAGUGUUCGUUGCGCCUAUGGGCAAAGGGGCCGUCGAUGAAACUUUACCUACCUUUGGCGGGAUCUACGCAGGCGCUGCCUCCAAUCCAGGAGUCCAGGAGCGCGUCGAAGAGGCUGACUUGCUCCUCACUAUCGGCAGUGUCAAAUCCGACUUCAACACUGCCGGAUUCUCCUAUAGAACCUCACAGCUGAAGACGAUCGACUUCCACAGUACAUAUAUGCGCGUACGAUAUUCAGAAUAUCCCGGUGUUGGCAUGAAAGGUGUCCUUCGCAAACUCAUCGACCGACUGCCCAAGCUGAAUGUUCAGCCUGGACCUACACUGCAUGAGAAACCGAUCCCCGAAGACGCAAAUCCCAACGACCCUACCAUCACGCACCAGUGGUUUUGGCCACGAUUGGGACAGUGGCUACGGGAUGGUGACAUUGUGCUCACUGAGACGGGAACGUCCAACUAUGGCAUAUUUGAGACGAGAUUCCCCAAAAAUGUGAUAAACAUUAGUCAGAUCCUAUGGGGAAGCAUUGGCUAUGCGACUGGCGCGUGCCAGGGUGUGGCAUUGGCUGCCAAAGAGCUAGAUGGCAACCGCCGGACAAUCCUCUUCACUGGCGACGGCAGCUUUCAGCUCACUUGCCAGGAAGUGAGCACGAUGAUCCGACAUAACCUCAACCCGAUCAUUUUCAUAGUCUGCAACGACGGCUACACCAUCGAACGCUUCAUCCACGGUAUGAAGGCGACAUACAAUGACAUCCAAAACUGGAAGUACAAGGAUCUGGUCCCAGCCUUUGGAGCCACCGAGGGCAGCUACAAAACAUACCAAGUCAAAACCAAGGAUGACCUCCAUGCUUUGUUCCAGGACGAAACCUUUUCAAAAGCUCCCUAUCUGCAGCUGGUGGAGAUGUACAUGCCGUGGGAUGAUUCCCCGGCAGGAUUAUCUGUUACUGCGGCUGCCAGUGCUCGGAAUAAUGCCAAAAUGCUCGAGACCUCCUAGACAUUUCCAUAGACACGGUGUUGAUGAUGGACACACAGAAAAGGCUCGCGUAGGCUGAGAGGGAUCACAUAUAGACGAGGCUGAGGAACAGCUGGAGGGUAAUGGACAAGACUGGCAACCACUCAUUGUCCCCAAGUAAUGCACUCUCUGACCCAUCAAUCCUCCCAUUCUGUGUGAGGGAUUCUGCCUUGCCCUGCCUCACUCGCCAUACCGCGGUAGGCUCAAUCUAUUAGGCGUCAAAGGCUGUUUGCUUCUCUUGGUUUGUGGUGCCUGGAAUGUUGGUGCCGAAUCUCGCCUAACGCUGCCUGCGGGA